AGGCUUACUUUGACAUCACAAUAGGAGAUGAAAAACAGGGUCGGAUUGUUAUUGGUUUGUUUGGCGAAGUAGUGCCAAAAACUGUGAGAAAUUUCGUUGCCCUAGCAACGCACGAGGUAAGCACACACGAGAACGAGAUCGAAAGCCGGUCAGUGGCAGCCUAGUCCCUAGGCCUCUUAGUACGCCUAUUUCGCGUAAGCGUGCACAGAGGACUAGGGCUAGUCUGGGUCAGUGGAUGGCAAAAUACCGACUGGUUCCAAGGGGUAAUAUAUAUUCGGAAGUCUGCCGCAGGGGGAGUGGUCUAAUCAAAUAAUCGUCGAAUACACAGAAUAACUAUGCAUGGGGUCCGGCCGGAAAAUGUUUCUAUUUUUAUGGCCUGCGGAAUGCUAUUUCAUCUAUAACUAACAGACAACGGCAAAAUCUCAUCUAUUUGUCUUAUAUAAUAAAAAGAAAACCCCCAAAUUAAACAAAUAAAUAGCUUACUUUUUGUCCACCCAAACAUUUGAAAAUUUGAAAAAGUCGAAAUUUUACAAAUAUCACGCGUACGGCGUACAUAAUCUAUACAAAUAAGGGAAUGCUAUUGGAUAAGGUUUUGUGCGACGUAAUUCCGUGUGUCUGUCCCAUAGAAAUAAUAGACAUUCUAAUAUUUCUAUUGUCUAAUAUUUCUAUGGUCUAAUAUUUCUAUGGUCUGUCCUCUAAUAAAUCAUGGAUCUCGAUCAAUGUAUUAUUGAAUUCUUAACGUUAUUAUAUAAUUGCUAUAUUACGCUAUGUUCCAGACGAAGGGCCUUCGCUCGAAACGUUCAAUCAAUUCAUCUGCACUUCUGUGGAUUAAUUUUAUUUUUCUAAUAUGUAGAAGGGAUAUGGUUACAGAGGAAGUAAGUUUCACAGAGUUAUCAAGGAUUUCAUGAUACAAGGUCAGUUUAUGCACCACAGCAGACAAGUCAUUCAGGGAAUCAAACAGGAAAUAAUGUUUACUGAUAGAAUUCCGUAUAAUUAUGUAAAUAUUAUAUAAUAUAUGUUAUGUACAAUUUAAAACAUGAGCAGCAGUGUUUUAUCAGAUAUAAAGAUUCCAGGUGAAGCCGAGUAUUUUUAGGUCUGAUUAAAAACGCACUGCGAAUGUUUUAAAUUGCUUCAAUCGACUAGUAAGUUCAUUGACAUUGGCGAAGUAAUUUUCAAAAAAUACGUUGUGUAAGUCGAGAAAAUCAAAGUUAAAGUUUAUGUAAAUCAAGGGAAAUCACAUAUAGAGAUACGACAUUCUUAUGAUUUUUCUUCGUGUUUUCCUCAUGAAUUAUUAAUGAGUUUUUGAAGAUAUAUAUGUUUAGGUUAUUUAGAGACUGCUUCUAUCUAUCUGUAGGCGGUGACUUCACACAUGGAAAUGGCCGAGGGGGUAUGUACAUGAUGACAUAAACUGAAUUAAGUUAUAAUUGGAUAUUAAAGGCACAGUUAAGCCUUUUGAAUGAUGGUUUUUAAGGCGCAAGAGAAGAUAAGAGGAAGGAAUGCGAAAGAAAGAGCAGAGGGAAAAGGGAGGCACUCCUUCUGUCGACCUUUCCCCCAGCCUCCCAGCUUCUCUCGCCCUGACCCUCCCCCACAGGCGCCUUUACGCAGGCCACAACCACGCAUGGGUACGCUUUUAAUCUUUUUUGGGGGGCGUGUUGUUAGAAAAUAAUCAGCUCUACUAAAACCACUUACAGGUAAUGCAUGCGUCGCUUGCGGAAGGUAGACAGCCGUCUUGGCUAGCGGUUAGCGCGCAAACCUUUAAGUUUGUUACUGUAAGUUGAGGAUGGGGUAUUACUUAGUGUGGAUGACCACUCUUCACUGAUGUGCUUGAAAAUCUCAUGAAAAUAAAAUUGUGGUUUGUUCUCUCCUGCUUUGAGUCUCCGGUUCCUCCUGGGUAGAGUGAUGGUCGCCAUGCAGAGACGCCUAUAUACAGCUAAUUCAAAAAAGGUUGUCCUUCGAAAAUCUUAAACCUUAAACUCUAAGCGCGUUAAAGAGUGAUGGGUAACUUCUUUUUAGGGCUUUUGAUUGGACAAAUAAUCUUAGUACACUGCUAGUUGUAAAUCUUUAAAAGUGCUUAUUAUCUGUCUUGCCAUAGAUACAAUGCAAAAUUCGCACGUUUUAGGCCUUAAGGUAAUUCCGCAGUUUUGCAUUGCGCACUUUUACUGCGCACAUCUUAUAACUUAUAAUUUCAUCCAUUAUACGUACCGUUUAAAAAAAAAAAUUAUGACAAUUUUAUGUUACUUCAAAACAUCUUUGGUUACAUUCGUGCAAAGAAUUACGUUAAAAUCAAUGUUUUCAAAAAAGGCAUACAAAAGUGUAGCUAGGGUUCCUGUGUCUUUAGUAUAUUUAUUUACUUGUAUUUCACGUUUUAAUGCCACAAUUCCCUAAAAAGAUCGGUGACCCCCGGUUUUUAACUGAUAAUUUAUUUCUUUAAUGCAUUUUACAUUUCAUAUCCGCAAUUAAAAAGAAAAAUCAUUUCUGGAUCUUGAAAAAAAAUUCUUUAUCAAUGCAUGUUCUCAAAGAAAGAUAUAUAAAGAAAUGUGGAAAAGAGAUUUGUGGAUCAGAAUUGUAAACGUUAGUAGUUUCAUUUUGCUCAAAACACAAUAUUUUUUCAAAAAUAAUUACAAGAUAGGUUUACCAAAGCAAAAUCCGCGCAAAAAACGUCAAUAAAUAUCGGGCUGUUGUGAUUUUGCUGUUACUCGUAAUGAGCGUCAAGAUGGCGUCAUAUUGGGGGUAAAGGUGGUAUAUUGUGAUUGUCAUAUCUUCUUAACGAGUUCGAUGACCCCGACUUUUUUGUGUGAUUUUACUUUAAGUAUAUCAUAAACUCCAUGGGAAGUUUCAGCACAUUCUCAUUUCGGGAACAAUUACUGCGGAAUUACCUUAAGUAAGAAGUUACCCAUCAUACCUUACGCGCUUACAGUUUAAAGUUUGAGAUUUUUGACGGACAACAUUUUUUGAAACAGCUGUAUAUACAUAGCGAGUCUUCGCAAUUCACUUCUCGGUUUCAAGGAAAAUGAGUACCCCCCCCCCCCCUACUGUUACUUUUGUUUUUCGCACGUAAAUUAACACGAGGUGAAAAUCAGUCCUACUGGUGGUACCCUGCCACAAAGUAGAAUUAACACCACCUACAUACACACCGAGUUUCCUUCCUACUGAUAGGUAAAAGUAUUUAUGGUGAAAGAUUUGACGACGAGAACUUCAGACUGAAUCAUUAUGGUGCUGGUUGGAUCAAUAUGGCGAACGCUGGGAAAGAUACAAAUGGCUCUCAGUUUGCAAUAUUCACUGUACUUACACCCUGGUUGAAUGGACAGCACGUGAUCUUUGGUAUAAUACUCGAGGGAAUGGUAAGUUCUUAUAUUUUGGGUAAAUAUUGAACUAAAUAUUGAAGGGUUUUUUGUAGGUGGAAAUUUCGAGUAUAAAUUUUAUACACUUUGUGUUUUUGUGGUUGCAUUUUAAAAAUAUGCGAAAGAAUGGGUGAUUCCAGCUAUAGACUAAAUUUUGAUCAAAGCAAGAAGAACGAAAUCCAACACCACAGCUAGAAAGAGCAUCUUAGAAUGAGUAAAACUGCAAAUAUUGGUUGCUAAAUGUUGUAAAAUGAAGAAAAUAUAGCCCUGCGAAGUUCGCAAAUUUUGUAUAGAUUUGUAUUACACGCGGUAAAAAUAACCACUUUCGGCCCAAAAAUGGUUAUUUUUCCCGCACGUAAUGCAAAUAUAUCCGAAAUUUGCGAACUUCGCAGUGCUAUAUUGUCCUCAUUUUACAACAAUUCGCAACCAAACUUUGCAAUUUUAAUCAAUUUCGGACGCUCUUUCCAGCUAUGAUAAUUCGUUCUUCUUCUCCAGAUCAAAACUUCGUCUACAGCUGGAAUCAUCGAUUAAAACUAAAUGAUUAAACGAAAAGCUGCGGAUUGAUACUGUAAACGAAACGUCGAAGUAGUUAACUGCUAACAUGCACAGCUCAACGUUAGCGAACGAAUAUUCAGUUAUGUUAAUAAUGUACAUUUCCUGUGGGAGUUUACCCCGAUAUUUAUGCAAAUAUACGUGCUUUUCAAAUCAUUUCAACCGUAGCCAUGGUAGACGGUUUACAUGUGAUUGCAACCGCUCUGCAGUGUUUAGCAAUUUUGGUUAACAUUUUAUUCUCCGUGCAUGCAUAUACCUGUGCUGAGUGGAAGAAUUGAAUUGUUAGAAGAAGAAAGAUACCUCCGGUUAAAUAACAAAAUAAAUCAUGCACUGUUAACCGCUAUAGUCUAUUAUUUGAAGGUUUCUGCAAAUUAUUAUUCCUGACAACAGUAUGCCCCCAAGCAAACAUCCCAAGGGCACGUAUGGAGGGAGUAUUGUUUCCAAGAGAAUUGUCUAGAAGUACACUUUUGCAUUCAGUUCCUGUGGUAAAAAGACAGCACUUUCUUUGCGACAGUAACUCCUAGUUGUAUUUCAAAUUAUAUUAGCAUUGAUAAUUUGAUAUUUUAGACACUGUAUGUAGCCUGCAUAGUGUAUUUCUCUUGAGCACGUGUACUCAAAGAGUAUACCAAUGCUAAGGCUAAACUGACCUGCUGACCUUUAGAAGUGAUUGUGAAACAUCCUCAAAAUGAAUACAACAUUUAUCAAUUUCAAAUGCUUGAGUGACGUCACCAGCUUCAUGUUUCAGCCGCCAUAUUGUUUUUAUCCACGCGUGGCGGCUAUGUUGCCAUGGUCGAUAUUAUCAAAGUUUCAAGUCUAUUUUCUACCUAUUGUGUACACUAGUGAACGGGGGCUUUGUAUUUCCUGAACAAGGAGACAAUUUUUUAGCCUUGCGACAUGUGCAACGAACUUGAAAAAAUGUUAUGCGACAAAUGUUCCAAAAAUGACGUCACACUUAUCCCCCUAAAAAUGCUAACGUCAUAUGGCGGGAAAAUUACGCUGGAUCCUCAAAAUGCUGACGUCAUAUGGCGGGAAAAUUCCGCCAAAUGGGGGGGGAGGGGGGUUCAUCUACUUUAAUAGAGUCUAGAGAUUGCCUAACGUACUUACGUCCAUCGGUGCAUGUUAACUAUGUAGCCUAUUAUUCCUCGUAAGAACAUGCGCCCAAUGGCAAUGCUCAGGCUUAGCUAAUUAUGCGCCAUGUACUUUAGAUUUGUAUAAACAAAUUAGGGACGGACCAUUAGAAAAGUGAUGUGGUCGGGGGGGUGGGGGCAAAGCCAAAAAAAGAAAUUUAUUCCCAGAAAAAAUUUUUAAAAAAUCUUCCCAGGCAUAGUGCAAAAAAAAGAUCCCCUAUAGCUUGGAAGAUAGGCCUGUAAAUUUCACUUAAAAAAUAUUUCCAGCCGUCAAGUGAGAAAAAAAAUCACUUCUAUAGGUGUACAGAAAAAAUAUAUUCCCUCUUAGAAAAUCUCCAUCACCACCAUUUUCCGUAUUUUACAACAUUUCGCAACCAAACUUUGCAAUUUUACUAAUUUUAGGAUGCUUUUUUAAGCUAUAAUGAUAGAUUUCGUCUUUCUUGUCUAGAUAAAAAAUUAGUCGAUAGCUGGAAUUGUCCAUUAGUUAGUGCGGAUGGCAUAAACAGUACACGAUUAGAAUAUACUAGUUUUAAUUAAUCACUAAACGAAAAUUCGUAAUGUGCUGUCUCGACCAAACAGCAAGCCUGUUUUUAAGACUUUUAAGAGUUUCAACGCAUAAGUACGUUUGUUUUGGAACGGUAUGUGAUUAUCAUAUACGUCUGGCCGACGGAAAUUCAUAAUUUCUCGUCUCGAACAAUGAGCAAGCGAGCUUAUUGGGAGUUUAUUUGUACGCUUUCGUUGAGCAUGUUAACAUGUUUUCCUUGUAUUUUCAGGUAGUUGAAUCCCUCUCAAUCCGCACCUUUCUGCUACCACCCAUGUUGGUACCAGACCGUCCGGGUAUAAUUUAAACAUGCUGUGCGAUUUCGUUGCGCUCUUGCUUCUUAAACGUCCUCUCUAUGCAGGCCAGUGUUCAACUUGAUAUGACAUGAGGGAUGGAGGUUCUGACUUUUCACUGGCCAUGAUGGGUAUAUCAUACGGCCAGCAGUGAGUUUGGGAAACAACACCUUCAGUUUGUCAGCAACCUCACACCCGGAGCUUCUGCGCUUGUGGCCCUACAAGCGGCCACAAGCGUAGAAGCCCUGGGUUCGAGGUUGGUUUGUCAGAUAAAAUAGGAAUGUCAGAAUCUCAAGGAGGUCUCCGAAACACCAAAAUAUUAGAGGCAGGUGGGAUUUAAUACAGACGUCAAGAUUGACGUGUACGGCAUCCUGCAAACCGCAAACGGCAAACUAUAUAAAUCGUGUUUCCAGUUCAGCUAUAUGAAAGUUAGGGUCAUCAGUACAUUAAAAUUGAAGUACAGUAAAACCCCGCAUAUAAGAACGUAGAAUUUAAUUAAUUAAGAAAAUAUUUUAUUUACACCCCUUUUUAACAAAACCUGUUCAGGCUAGAAUCUCAAAACAGAUUCUUAUAUUAUCAAAUAGAGUCAAACUUAGGUCAUAAGUUAGAAUCAGUGUAGCUUUAAAGUGCAUGUAUAGAGUUGAUAUAGUGAAUAUACUGACGUCAUUUUUUUAUAUAAAUCACAUACUAUACCUCCCCUAAAAUAAGUCGCUUUUCUCUAAAGAAAAUAAGAACCCAUUUAAGAACCUGUUAGCCUAAUUUCCUGGUAAGCACAAUUUACAUAAGAACCUGUUUAGGUUAACUUGGAAAUCUAGGUUCUUAUAUGCGGGCUUUUACUGCGAGUUACCUACAAUCAGUGACAAAAGGUUUUUGGACAGUGAUAUAAUAUAUACAUAUCUCCGCAUUUCCAAAUACUGUUCAGCAUAAAGCCACUAUCCCUCCCUCCCCCACCCUAAACAAUGUUAGGUGGCUGGCAAGGAACAUUUUGCGCAGGUAUUUCCACACACAACAUUGAACGGGGGGUGCGGGGGGGGGGCGAUUAUGUUGUAAAUGUACGCUCUUUUGCUAUUUUGUCCAAAGUGUUUUGUCACUGAUUGUAGUUAACUUUCGAACAGUUGUAGAACUUACAUUCGAAUGCGAUUUGAGGUUUCCCCUUUGCGGUUAUAUAUCUGCAGGGUGCCGUAUUAAAACGUCAAUCUUACGGUCUCCUCCAAUAAGAACAUUUGCACUUAAAACCUAAGAUGUGCGUGUGCCCCCAUCCACACAGCCUGGUAAAUCUAUUCCUGUCUGGAUGAUCUGACAACUGAAUCUGAGCCAGUGUAAUAUUAAUCCUCAUUUUAGAAUAUUAUUAAGAAGAUUGAAAAUAUCGAUGUGGAUGGUUCGCGACCAAAAAGAGAUUGCGUGAUAGCAGAUAGUGGCGUGCUUCCACUUGAGAAACCUUUCUACGUUGAAAAGACACCAGUACAAUGAACUGUUCUAGAUUUGAGUAGCUAAUACUCAGUGAGCUCCAUAUAUAUCUGGAGCGAGAACUCGAGUCCAGAAAGUGAAGCCGAAGAUGCAUGAUGGAUCCGAAACUGAAGGGAAUGGACGUCCAGUGCCAGUCCCUUUCUAUUGUUUUCGUCUGCGCGGUCGGGCAUGGAGCUGAUAAGGUGUGUGCGAAAUUUCGCAUUUUGACUUCGAUUUAAAGACUAAUGUUAUGAUUUUAUGAACUGAAAACGUGAUUAGUGUUACGGUCCCUUAGGAAAAACUGGAAUUAGCUGGGGAAAAUGGUAUUAAAACUGUAUACGACCUUCAUAGCUAUUGGACGCAUUGAUUGGAUGUCACCCUCCGCCAUCUUGGCUUCACCUUUCUCAUAUGCCGAAUGACUGAAGUUCUUGCUCCAGAUAUCUAUAUAGAGCUCACUGCUAAUAGACCCUUUGCACUGACGUCACAAAUACUUAGAGUGUCCUCCAGAUGCUCCCUAACAAUAUCUGUUCGGGUACAACAACCACAUACAGCGCAAAAACUAACCAUUUUGAUACAGAAUUAUUAUAAAGUUUUACAAAAUUUUCUUUGUUUACAAAAGUUAUAUUGUGCAUAGAUUGCUAAUUUGUCCUCCAGAUGCAUCGUUACUGGCGCUGUGACGUCAUGUGCAAUGGGUCGAUACUUUGGUAUCAGUGCAAGCAUGUUAUUUUAAUGGCCAGUUUGGUCUAUCGAUAUUUCCUUACAGACAAAUGUGCAAUGUGACACAAGGCAGGUUAUAAAGAUACCCAAGUUCCGAUUUAUUGUUUAGCAUUCUCUUGUCGAUGUGUCUAUGUUUAGUCGUAUUAGCGUGUAGUCUAUGUCAUGUACGUGUCAUCAUACAUGUAGACAUCAAUGCAAAUAACGAAAUGACGCUACCCAUACCCGUAAAUAGGAACCGCUGCAAUCUUAAACUCUCAUUAAUGGACAUUAACCAAUCGGAUACGUUUGAUACAUCCGAUUAACCAAUCAGAUCGCGUACUUAGCCUGUGCAAGGUAGACGUUAGUGGUAGACUAAUUAGAGAGGUUCAGAUUUGACUUCCGCUGUCACUACCUUUCACUGGCUUAAUACGUAUCUCAUUGGUUAAUGGAAUAUAUCAAACGCAUCUGAUUGGUUAAUGGACCAUUAGCGGUAGUGGAAAUCAAAUCUGAACCUCGCUAUUAUCUCGGUAGACAAAUGAUCUAGUCAGUGAGUGUUGCAAAAAUAUACCUGUAACAUUUAGUCAGGGAGUGUUGCAAAAAUAUACCUAUUACAUCUAGUCAGGGAGUGUUCCAAAAAUAUACCUAUUACAUCUAGUCUGUGAGUGUUGCAAAAAUGUACCUGUAACAUUUAGUCAGGGAGUGUUAGAGAUAGAGAAUAAUACAUGGGUGCGCGGAAAUACCAGAUUUAUUUCGAGUGUUGAACAUGAUAUCUCACGAGUGAGCGCGGCGAAUGGGUGAGAUAUCAUGUACCCUGCUGGCAGUGGUUUCUCGGAAGAUAUCAUGUUCAACACGAGAAAUAAAUCUGGUAUUUCCAAGCACCCAUGUAUUUUUCUGUUUAUUAUAUAAAUAAAAUUCAGUGAAAAACAAUAAAACGUCCAUUUUACAACAAAUGAUAUUUUCACACGUAAAAAUAUCGUAUUUUUUACGUGUGUUUAAAUACGAUUUUUCUCAGUGGCCAAAAACUCUAUAUAACACUUAUGUAAUGUUUAAUAAACGAGUAGGAGUGUUUUAUCACAAUAUAAAACACGACGCGUAGCGGAGUGUUUUAUAUGUGAUAAAACACGAACUACGAGUUUAUUAAACAGCUUCAAAAACGUCUCAGUUAGAUCACUGCAUUGGCGAAAUAAUUUUCCAAAAUAACUUUGUAUUAGCUGAGAAAAUCAAAGUUAAAGUUUAUGUAACUGAAGGGAAAUCUUUAUUAACAUAUAAAGAUACGACACGCUUAUGAUUUUUCUUUGUGUUUUCCUCAUGAAUUAUUAAUGAGUUUUUGAAGUUUAUAUAAUAAAUAUAUCUAUUACAUCUAGUCAGUGAGUGUUGCAAAAAUAUACCUGUUACAUUUAGGCAGGGAGUGUUGCAAAAGUAUACCUGUUACAUUUAGUCAGGGAGUGUUGCAAAAAUAUACCUAUUACAUCUAGUCAGGGAGUGUUGCGAAAAUAUACCUGUUACAUUUAGUCUGGGAGUGUUGCAAAAAUAUACAAGUUACAUUUAGUCGGGGAGUGUUGCAAAAAUAUACCUGUUACAUUCAGUCAG